UGUUAUAUCGCUCAUUAAAACAUUACUCUCUCCCACUGAGCACCCGUCUUUCAGACCAGCAUCUGAUCAGCUGUGAGAUGCGCACCAUCACCGUUAUUCGUUGGGAGUGCGGGGGGAAGGUGCUCUUUUACCAUGAGAUCUGGACGGGAUGAAAUUGACAAUCACAGGCCCGCGGCCAUCGCUGAGAAGGCAAAGGCGCUGCUGAAGAAGAUCGUCCAUCAUCGUGAACUGUUCCGUUGCGUUGCGCAUAUUCCGAUCCGACGGCAAAACUACCAACACAUUUUCCACGCAAAUCAAGCCAAAUGCCAACGCGAUCGGUCGUUGGUGGAGGAAGAAAUGACGGUGCCGUUGGACUACCGCUGCAGCCUCAUCGGCGAACAGGGUGCCGGUCUCCGCCAACUGAUGGACGAGUUCCAGGUCAGCGUCAGCAUUCCCCGGCGACCCGGGCCGAGCGACGUCAUUACGAGCUGCGUUCUGGGCCGGCGCGUGGACAAAUUCAAGGAGUGGUUGGCCGGGCGUGUCAGAGAGCUAGACAAGGCCAAGGAGGAGCGGGUAGGGGCUGCCCGGUGUGGUGUCGCGGUUGUGUUAGCGGUAGUGCCGGUAGUCGGUACCGGGAAACCAGGUAUCUCUUGCAGGCUCUGCGCAACUAUCGAGCGGAGAUGCGCGCCGACGACCCCCAGUACCACGGGAAACUGAUCAGCCAGGGUGGCGUGGAAUAAGGCCGACAGGGUCUGGAGUUGCGGGUGGAGCUAUUCCCGCGGGAGGAUGCACCCGCCAAGAACACCGACAAGGUCGUUAUCGUCGUCCGGGAGGCGCACAUGCACGCUGGAUUAAUACAUACAGCACUACCGUAUGUAUUGGGAUUUGGGAAUACCGUAUAAGUGUAGCGUACAAUGUCAGAGGUUUUUGACUAACACAUGUAAUCAGUUGUCAAAUCCUUUUUAAUUCUUCUAAAAUUUACUGCUGUUAAUAUUAUUAAACUAGAGUAGUGGUUAAGGAAAACGCGUAUUGUAUUUGUGCCAACUAACAAGUAUCACGGGGCGUAUUCAAAUUUCCUAUUACAAACUAGUACUGUACUAUAUAAUCCUUUUCGGUUAUUAACAGCAGUAAUUUUUAGAAAAAUUAAAAAGGAUCUGACUACUGAUUACACGUAUUAGUCAAAAACCUCUGAAAUUGCACGCUAUACUAUACGGUAUUUCCAAUACUUAGUGCUGUAUGUAUUAAUGCACUGGAAUCAAGUUUAGCCACGCCCACUUUACCAUGGCCUAUAAAAAUA